AUGCUUUUUUACUUAUACGUAACCCGAUGUAAGCAGCUGUUGAAUUACAAUAAUAUGGAGACUGAUAAUGGUGACAAGGAGAAGAGUGAGGAAGAUGACUUGUGUGCUCUGAAGGAUGCACUUGAGGCUGUUAUAUUGUUUCAAGGUUUAAGUGAAUAUCAAAAGAAGUUGAUGUUUCCAAACUUGAAGAAUCUUGGAGCUGAAACAAUUAAAGAGCUCAUCGAUGAAUGGAAGGAGUUGAAUGUUGAGGAGCUAAAUUUGAACAUCAAGAAACAAACUUUCUUUACAAAGUUUGCAAACGCUAGCUGGAGUUUGAUGUUACUUAUUCAACAAGAAAAUAAUUUCUGCUUUUGGAUGUUUUAUGUUAUUCCUACUUCAUUGUUUUUUGUGUGUUGUGUGUUGCUGCAUCUUUUGAAUGAUGGAUCCUAA